CGCGUUACCCAGCAUCCCGUGCGGCGCUGCUCGGACCUCUCCACGCCGUGGUGGCCGCCGUCCGGCCUCGGAGCGGAGAUCCCGGUUGUCCGCGCGCGGUGUGAGUGAGACUGGCCAGGCUCCCUGAAGAUGGAGGGCCCUUUGUCCGUGUUCGGGGACCGCAGCACCGGGGAGGCCAUCCGCUCCCAGAAUGUUAUGGCUGCAGCUUCUAUUGCCAACAUUGUUAAAAGUUCUCUUGGGCCAGUUGGCUUGGAUAAAAUGUUGGUGGAUGAUAUUGGUGACGUGACCAUUACUAACGAUGGGGCCACCAUCCUGAAGUUGCUGGAGGUAGAGCACCCUGCGGCCAAAGUGCUUUGUGAGCUGGCUGACCUGCAGGACAAAGAAGUGGGAGACGGAACCACCUCAGUGGUAAUUAUUGCAGCGGAGCUUCUGAAAAAUGCAGAUGAACUAGUCAAACAGAAAAUUCAUCCAACAUCAGUUAUUAGUGGCUAUCGGCUUGCCUGCAAGGAAGCAGUGCGCUAUAUCAGUGAGAACCUAAUUAUUAACACAGACGAACUUGGAAGAGACUGUCUGAUUAAUGCCGCUAAGACAUCCAUGUCUUCCAAAAUUAUUGGAAUAAAUGGUGAUUACUUUGCUAAUAUGGUGGUAGAUGCUGUACUUGCUGUCAAAUACACAGAUGCAAGAGGCCAGCCUCGCUAUCCAGUCAAUUCUGUUAAUAUUCUGAAAGCCCAUGGGAGAAGUCAGGUAGAAAGCAUGCUGAUCAAUGGCUACGCACUCAACUGUGUGGUGGGAUCUCAGGGCAUGCCCAAGAGGAUAGUUAAUGCAAAAAUUGCAUGUCUUGACUUCAGCCUGCAGAAAACAAAAAUGAAGCUUGGUGUGCAGGUGGUUAUUACAGACCCUGAGAAAUUGGACCAAAUUAGACAGAGAGAAUCAGACAUCACCAAGGAGAGAAUUGAGAAGAUCCUGGCAACUGGGGCCAAUGUUAUUCUGACCACUGGUGGAAUAGAUGAUAUGUGUUUGAAGUACUUUGUGGAGGCAGGUGCCAUGGCUGUUAGACGAGUUCUAAAGAGGGAUCUCAAGCGUAUCGCUAAAGCUUCUGGAGCAACUAUCCUGUCCACACUGGCCAAUUUGGAAGGCGAGGAAACUUUUGAAGCUACAAUGCUGGGACAAGCAGAAGAGGUGGUCCAGGAGAGAAUCUGUGAUGAUGAGCUGAUCUUAAUCAAAAAUACCAAGGCUCGUACAUCUGCAUCAAUCAUCUUACGAGGAGCAAAUGAUUUCAUGUGUGAUGAAAUGGAGCGAUCUUUACAUGAUGCUCUUUGUGUGGUGAAGAGAGUUUUGGAGUCAAAAUCUGUAGUCCCAGGUGGAGGUGCUGUAGAAGCUGCCCUGUCCAUAUACCUUGAAAACUAUGCAACCAGUAUGGGGUCUCGGGAACAGCUUGCUAUUGCAGAGUUUGCAAGGUCUCUUCUUGUUAUUCCUAAUACACUGGCAGUGAAUGCUGCCCAAGACUCCACUGACCUGGUUGCCAAGUUAAGAGCUUUUCACAAUGAGGCUCAAGUUAACCCAGAGCGUAAAAACCUGAAGUGGAUUGGUCUUGAUUUGGUCAAUGGCAAACCACGAGACAACAAGCAAGCAGGGGUGUUUGAACCAACCAUAGUUAAAGUGAAGAGCCUGAAGUUUGCAACAGAAGCUGCGAUCACCAUUCUUCGAAUCGAUGAUCUGAUAAAAUUACACCCGGAAACUAAAGAUGAUAAACAUGGAAGUUAUGAAAAUGCGGUUCACUCUGGAGCCCUUGAUGACUGAUUGGAUUUCCCUUUUAUUUAUAGCAGUGUGAGGUUGCAAUGUCUUAGCUUUGGGUAUCUCACAUUAAAGUACAGCGAGCUGUC